AUAAAUUGUUAUCGAUAUUUUGAAAAAUUAAUACUUUUUAAAAUAUUGUUUAAUAAAUUGCUUUAUUUUUGUAAAGAAUUAAUAAAAUUCUUUAUUAUAUUGUUAAUUAAAAGUUUUGUAAUUAUGUCGAAUACUGCUGGAAAGGUAAUUAAAUGUAAAGCUGCUGUAGCAUGGAAAGAAAAACAACCUCUUUCACUUGAAGAAAUUGAAGUUGCACCUCCAAAAGCUCAUGAAGUAAGAAUUAAAAUUAUAUUUGUGGCUUUAUGUCAUACAGAUGCUUAUACUUUAGAUGGAUUAGAUCCAGAAGGAAUUUUUCCUUGUAUUCUUGGUCAUGAAGGUAGUGGUAUUGUUGAAAGUGUAGGAGAAGAAGUUACAGAAUUUCAACCUGGUGAUCAUGUGAUUCCAUUAUAUGUUCCUCAAUGUGGGGAUUGCAAAUUUUGUAAAUCGCCAAAAACAAAUCUAUGCAGUAAAAUCCGUACCACACAAGGCAAAGGUGUAAUGCCUGAUGGGACUUCUAGAUUUACAUGCAAGGGUCAAACUCUUGCCCAUUUCAUGGGUUGUUCUACUUUUUCUGAAUAUACUGUAGUUGCAGAUAUUUCUCUUGCUAAGAUUGAUCCUAUUGCACCACUUGAUAAAGUAUCUCUGUUGGCAUGUGGAGUAUCUACUGGAUAUGGUGCUGUUUUAAAUACUGCUAAAGUAGAAUCUGGAAGUACAUGUGCUAUAUGGGGAUUAGGUGCAGUUGGAUUGGCAGUUGCAUUUGGUUGUAAAAAAGCUGGUGCCAAACGUAUUAUUGGAAUAGAUGUGAAUCCAAAUAAAUUUGAAGUUGCUAAAACAUUUGGAUGUACCGAAUUUAUUAAUCCUAAAGAUCACAAUAAGCCAAUUCAGGAAGUUCUAAUAGAAUUAACUGAUGGUGGAUUAGAUUAUACUUUUGAAUGUGUUGGUAAUGUGAAUACUAUGAGAGCUGCAUUAGAAUCUUGUCAUAAAGGUUGGGGUACAUCCGUUAUUGUAGGUGUAGCUGCGGCGGGUCAAGAAAUCAGUACUCGUCCAUUUCAAUUGGUAACAGGACGCGUAUGGAAAGGAACUGCAUUUGGCGGUUGGAAAUCUAAAGAAAGUGUUCCUAAAUUGGUGAAAGAAUAUAUGUCAAAAUCAUUAAUACUUGAUGAAUUUAUUACACAUACUCUACCCUUUGAAAAGAUAAAUGAAGGUUUUGAUUUAUUGCACUCAGGCAAUUGUUUAAGAGCUGUGCUCAAAUAUUAAAAAGCAUAUAAAUUCUUAUAAGUUUUUAUAUCAUUUGUAUUUUAACUAAAACAUUUGUAAAACAUUUUACAUACAAAUAAAGAUAAUAUAUUUCCUUAUAAA